AUGCCUAGCAUUCGCCGCCUAGCCGCCGCAGCGGCGGUGGCCGCCAUCCCUGCAGACUGUCGAACUCUGGCCAGCAGGGCGUCUCCAGCCGAUGGUCCCGACACGGAGCAGUUCACGCAAGCAUGCCAAAACUUUGCCAAGGGGCUCCAGAUCCCGAACAGCACCUUCAUAUCGGCCGAUUUCGUCCCGGCAAACACAACGCUGAACUUCCCCAACGCCCACCCCACCUGCAACAGGCCGUCGCAGCUGGUGUCGGUGCCGCUCUGCCGCGUCCAAUCCAACAUCAGCACGUCGGCCACCUCGGGCCUCCACUUCGAGGCCUGGCUGCCGCAGAACUGGAGUGGACGGUUCUUGAGCACGGGCAACGGCGGGCUCGGGGGCUGCGUCCAGUACGAAGACGUGGAGUGGGCGGCUUCGCUUGGCUUUGCUGCCGUGGCCACGAACAACGGCCACGACGGGAUGGACGGGAUCCCGUUCUUCCAGAAGCCAGAGGUCGUCGAGGAUUUUGCGUUCCGAGCCAUCAAAACCGGCGUCGUGGUGGGCAAGGAUGUGUCUAGGGCGUUUUAUGGCAGGGAGCACUCGAAAAGCUACUACCUCGGCUGCUCCACGGGCGGCAGGCAGGGCAUGAAGAUGGUGCAGGACUACCCAGAAAUGUUUGAUGGCGUCUCGGUCGGUGCGCCGGCGCUCAACUUCAACAACCUCAACACGUGGAGCGGUCACUUCCUACCAGUGACGGGCUCCAACACGAGCGACACCUUUGUCAGUGAGGAUCUGUGGAGGGUCGUCCACGAGGACAUGCUGAGCCAGUGCGACGCGCUGGACGGCCUGGCAGACGGCAUCCUCGAGGCGCCGGAUCUGUGCCGCUACAAAGCCGACGGCCUGCUCUGCGACAACGGCAGCGCGCAGCCGGGCUCCUGCCUGACGGCCAAGCAAGUCAACACGGUCAACACCAUCUUCAGCGACACGCUGGCGCCCAACGGGACGGUCCUGUACCCGCGCAUGCAGCCGGGCAGCGAGAUGAUCGGGGCCUUCGACAUCUACUACAACGGACGGGCCAGCGAUAAGUCGGACUGGAUAAAAUACGUGGUCAUGGCGGACCCAAAUUUCGACCCGGCCAAGUUCACGCCCGACCUGUGGGGGAUGAGCGACGCACUGAAUCCCUUCGACAUCGCGACCACAAAGGCCGACAUAUCGGCGUUCCGCGACCGCGGCGGCAAGCUGCUGCACUACCACGGCACCAUGGACCCGGUCAUCAGCAGCGACAUGUCGCCGCGGUAUUACGAGUCGGUGCGGGCUGCGCUGCGCCAGGAGCCGGCCGAGCUCGACGCCUUCUAUCGCUACUUUCGCAUCUCGGGAAUGAGCCACUGCAGCGGCGGGCCGGGGGCGCACUACAUUGGCAACGAGCGCAAGCAGGUCGCCUUCUUGGAUCGGCCCGAUGAUAACCUGCUGAUGAGUUUGGUGCGGUGGGUGGAGGAGGGCCAGGCGCCGGAUUUUGUGACGGGCACGGCGUUUGUCGACGACAAGCAGGGCGGGCAGGUUGCGUUCACGAGGAGACACUGCCGGUGGCCGCUGAUGAACAAGUUUUUGGGUGGGGACUCGAACAAUGCUGACUCGUGGUCCUGCGUGUCUUAUAACGCUACGACUUGA